UGCCAGGGAGAGGAGAGCGGCGCAGCAGAGCCGGGGCGUCCUCCCUCGGCUCCUUCCCCGCCGCUGCCUCGCUCCCGUCCCGCUCCCUCCCCGCACCCGCACCGCUCCCGCACGCGCGCUUUCUCCGCACAGGCACACACGGACUGGCACGCUCACUUUCACCCUCCCUGUGGCCAAUUGCGAGGCUGAGCGGCGGCGGCGGCGGCGGCAGGAAGGGCUCGAGGCUGCGUGUGCGCCGGCGAGCGCGCGUCCCUCGCUGGGUCUCUGUCUCGCUCGCCGCCCAUCUCCGCGGCCGGAGGAGGGAGGGGGCAGCGAGAGCGCGAGCGAGCGAGCGAGGGAGAGAGAGGGGGGCUCAGUUUCCUCGCCGUUGCGACUGAGGUCCCAGGAUUCUUGAGCUGUGCCCAGCUGACAAGCUUUUGAAGAUGGCACAAUAACAGUUCAGUGAUGCCUGACCAUGACAGCACAGCCCUCUUAAGCAGGCAGACCAAGAGAAGAAGAGUUGACAUUGGAGUGAAAAGGACGGUAGGGACAGCAUCUGCAUUUUUUGCAAAGGCGAGAGCGUCGUUUUUUAGUGCCAUGAAUCCCCAAGGUUCAGAGCAGGAUGUUGAGUAUUCAGUGGUGCAGCAUGCAGAUGGGGAGAAGUCAAAUGUGCUCCGCAAGCUGCUGAAGAGGGCGAACUCAUAUGAAGAUGCCAUGAUGCCUUUUCCAGGAGCAACCAUAAUUUCCCAGCUGUUGAAAAAUAACAUGAACAAAAAUGGUGGCACCGAGCCCAGUUUUCAAGCCAGUGGCCUCUCCAGCACCGGCUCCGAAGUGCACCAGGAGGAUGUGUGCAGCAACUCUUCAAGAGACAGCCCCCAGGAGUGUCUUUCCCCUUUUGGCAGGCCUACGAUGAGCCAGUUCGAUAUGGAUCGGUUAUGUGAUGAGCACCUGAGAGCUAAGCGUGCCCGGGUUGAGAAUAUCAUUCGGGGGAUGAGCCAUUCCCCAAGCGUGGCAUUAAGGGGCAAUGAAAGCGAGAGAGAGAUGGCUCCGCAGUCUGUGAGUCCCCGAGAAAGUUACCGAGAAAAUAAACGCAAGCAAAAGCUGCCGCAGCAGCAGCAGCAGAGUUUCCAGCAGCUGGUUUCAGCAAGGAAAGAACAGAAGCGAGAGGAGCGCAGGCAGCUGAAGCAGCAGCUGGAGGACAUGCAGAAACAGCUGCGCCAGCUGCAGGAGAAGUUCUACCAAAUCUAUGACAGCACAGAUUCUGAAAACGAUGAAGAUGCCGGCAACCUCUCGGAAGACAGCCUGCGUUCCGAAAUGCUGGAUGUCAGAGCCAGGGAUUCUGUGGGCAGGUCAGAUAACGAAAUGUGUGAGCUGGACCCAGGGCAGUUCAUCGAUCGGGCACGGGCCCUCAUCAGGGAGCAGGAGAUUGCUGAAAACAAGCCCAGGAAGGAAGGCCCCAAGGAAAAAGACCACGGCGGCCCACACACUUUCCAACCAGAAGGCAAGCAUCUGGCUGAGACGCUGAAGCAGGAGCUGAGCACUGCCAUGUCUCAGGUUGUGGACACUGUGGUUAAGAUUUUCUCUUCGAAACCUGCCCGCCCGCUUCCUCAGGUCUUCCCACCUCUUCAGAUUCCCCAGGCAAGAUUUGCUGUGAAUGGGGAGAACCACAACUUCCACACAGCCAACCAGCGCCUCCAGUGCUUUGGUGAUGUCAUCAUUCCAAACCCGUUAGACACCUUUGGCAAUGUGCCGCUGCCUAAUUCUACAGACCAAACAGAAGCACUGCCCCUAGUUGUCCGCAAAAAUUCAUCUGACCAGUCUGCCUCUGCCCCUCCUCCUGGCAGCCACCACGCCGCUCUCCAUCAGUCUCCGCUGUCUGCCACAACAGGCUUCACCUCCUCCUCUUUCCGCCAUCCCUUCCCGCUUCCCCUUAUGGCAUACCCAUUUCAGAACCCACUAGGUGCUCCUUCGGCCUCCUUUCCAGGGAAAGACAGAGCUUCCCCAGAAUCCUUAGAUUUAACGAGAGAGACCACAAGUUUGAGGACCAAGAUGUCAUCUCACCACAUGAACCAUCACCCUUGUUCACCAGCACACCCGCCCAGCACUGCUGAGAGCCUCUCUAUCUCUCUCAUCAAAUCUGAGUGUGGUGACCUGCAAGAUAUUUCGGAAAUCUCACCUUACUCGGGAAGUGCAAUGCAGGAAGGUUUGUCGCCUAACCACUUGAAAAAGGCCAAGCUCAUGUUCUUUUAUACCCGGUACCCAAGUUCCAAUAUGCUGAAAACAUACUUCUCAGAUGUAAAGCAUCAUUCCUCCAGAAGAAGCCCAAAGUGCUUUACAAACAGCCAAUAUAGGGAUCAUUCACCCACCACUGAAAGGCAGCCACUUCCGUGGUGGAAGGCAACAGCCAUUCGGGGUCAGCAACAUCACACACCAGUAGAUUUCAACAGAUGCAUUACCUCUCAGCUCAUCAAGUGGUUCAGCAAUUUUCGUGAGUUCUACUACAUUCAGAUGGAGAAGUAUGCACGUCAAGCCAUCAACGAUGGGGUAACAAGCACUGAAGAGCUGUCUAUAACCAGAGACUGUGAGCUGUACAGGGCCCUCAACAUGCACUACAAUAAAGCAAAUGACUUUGAGAAUUUGCAAUCCUAUGGUCAGCUUUUAUUAUGGAAGGCAGACGAAUAAGCCUUUGGACUUCUGAAAAGAUGGCAAAGGGAUUUGACAAAGGAGGAGGAAUAGACCUGUCAGAUGGACAUGGACAUGGCUGAAGAAGCCCCAAGCCCACUAGAAUUCCGUCUUUCAGCCUUCACUAACCUGGUUUUCCAUGUGUGUUGGCUUACAACUUGCAUUAAUUAUAGGAGUUUGGCCUUUGGCCACACCUCCCACCUGUCCUUUAAGCACUGCUAAUUUCAGUGAAGCCGUGAUUUAGGAUUUCAGCCUAGGAGAAACUACUGACCUGUUUUAAAAUUCAUUUAUCUGCAUUUCUUGUAUUGCAUUUCUUGCUUUCUCUCAAGUAAAAAUUAGGGUGUCACCAGAACCUGGUUCAGUCUUCUGAAUUUUCAGUGAGCGGUGCUAUGCAUUACUUUCAAGGCCAAUUCAACCAUUAGGCAGAAUAAGGUGGCCACUUCUGGUGUCAGGGGACUGCAAAGGUUGCAACUGUGUUUGCCUCUGUUGAAGGGCAGUGCUGUGUGUUCCAGUCAAUCUGCCAGGCCCCCCCUGGCUCAGCUAGCCUGCUGCCCAGUUGGAGUGGAGGGUGCUCUCCCCUGCUGGGCAGGGAACUCAUAUUGAAGUGCCAGCCUAAUCAUUCUGUGCACAUGGAAUGGGAAAGAAAGAAUCUUGUCCUUCACUUCAGAUAUCAAAAAAAUCCCCUGAUUACUCUGUUAAGUGUGGCUGCCAUGCAGAUUUUCAGAGCUCAGUACAACUCUGUAAUGUCUGCUUGUAAACAUGGUACUCUGGUUGCAGUCUGACCCCCUGCCAUGAGCAAUUACUUGGUUAAUCUCACUAAAAUUUAAACAACUUUAGAUUUAAAGUAAGCAUUACCGACUUCCAAAUGAAACUGUCUGGGAUGUACAUGACUUCAGAAAGCUGCUAGCUGUGUUUGCAUGCCACUAAAGCUGGGAAUCCUGGCUUUAAUGCUAUAAGAUGAGCGAGAUGUACGCUGCAUUCAAACCCAAUGGUUUACAGCAGUCAUCAAGCUAGAAUCAUGAAUCAACAGCAAAUCCUAGUUUAACAUUGGCUCAUAAUCCUGGCUUGUUUGAAUACAAUAAGUCAUAGCUCCAAGUACAGAAAUAAAGCUGAACUAUCCAUGCCUGAAUUGUUUACCUUCUUUAGCAAUUAGGGGGAGCAAAGCAGGAGCUGACAGUCUAUAUACAUGAACAUACAGGUCAUACACAUUGUGGUUUAAUACAUCAGACUUACUGGAUUAAAGCAAUCUAUGAACAUUGUUAUUGACUUCUGUGGAGCUGCAGAAUUUAGAAGAGAAAUUCUAUAACUCCUGACAAAGUCUGUGUCUCUCUAAAGCAGGGAUCUCAGACUCAACUUACCUGGGGGCUGCUGGAAGUAGAGUCUGGGUGAGGCUGGGCCGCAUCAAGUAUUCCACCACCGUGGUGGUGGUGGGCCGCUCAUCCCGCGUCGCUCCCGGAGGCCGGCCUGGGCGCCGCUAGCGCUUUGAAGGCCGCAGGGCCCCUACCCCAUGCCCCGCCGUCCCGGAAAUUGGCCCGUGGGCUGCGAGUUUGAGACCCCUGAUCUAAAGUAAUGUAUAUUCCAGUCAAUUUUCUUUUGAAAUUGGUAUUUCUAUAUUUUUUAGUAAUCAUAAUACAUAUGAUUUAGCACUAAUAAUGAAAUUUCAGCUGCUGUUCCUUAUACUCAUGCUGUUCCUUACAUACUAUUUUGCUUCGAGUCUGCAAGUCACAAUGAUCUGUCUAGAGCCUGUAGAGCUUUUAAGAGCUUUCUUUUUUCUUGACUAGCAUAAGUAGGGAAAAUGAAAAGCCCCAUUUCUGAGGUACAGCCUUACAAUGCAUAUAAGCAACUACCAGUAGAAUAAAUGAGAGAAAAUUAUUGUUGUGAAAUUCGCUUAACUGGUUGUGGCUCCCAUUUCAAACAUCCCCAGAAUACACCUGCCAACGAAAUUGUUUGGUUCAUGAUAUAAAAGCUGCAUAAAACUGUGUGUUGAACUGUUGAGUCACUUUGUCUUGAAUGUUUUUGUGAAAGACACCUUUAGAAUCAGACUGCACAUUUCAGGUGAGAAUAUUGGACCGUGGUGCAUUCUCCCACACCUGCUACUAAAGGCUAAAAAGAUUAUUUUAAAGUACUCAGUUCAAAAAUGGGGACAUCAUUGUUAGGCUGUUUCCUUCCGAUCUUUUGCAUAGCCAUCACAUUUAAAUGAGUUUGAUGCAGCUGCAUUAGAGUAAUAAUAGGCCUUUAAUUUGCACUUUGUUGUCAUGAAUCCUUGCCUGUGUAAUAUAUACUGAAAUUCUUGUUCAGUGGUUACAUAUGCUAGUUUUAAGGCAUUUGACAGCAGGCUCUUUUUCCCCUCAUGCAAUUUCCCCCCUCCCCCCCCAAGACUUAAUUCCUGUGAUCUGCAACAGAGAAUCAUGAACCAUGCAUAUUGCAAUCUGAGAAUAAUAAAUUACUAUUGCUAAAUCAAUUAAUUAUUGACGAUAUCGACAUAUAGAAAGAUUGCAGAGUGGCAGUCUUUGUAGUUCUUUGCUCCUAUAAUUCUGGAUAAUAUACAAGCAUGUUGAGAGAGAUCACAGCUGUCUCAUGGCAUUUUAAAUAAUAUUGAUUUUUUUAAAGUCUGAAAACAUUGUUCAUUAAAAUAAUAAUCUUGUCCUUGCCUCAUUCUGUGUUUCUCAUUAAUUUAGCUGUAGAAGUAGUGCAGGCAUAGAGUGGUGGUGCUCAAAAACACACAUUGCAAAUUCCCUUUUAGUUGUUACUAUUUAAUCAAAAUCUUCCUCAGCUCAACCAGGCACAACAUUAGACGGUCUCCCCUGUAAAACAUAGCUUGUAAAAUUUUUAAGUUUGAGAAUGAUUGCAUUUUGAUAUUUAUCCCACUUGGAUUCAAGGUGUUCAGCACUGAAAUGAGAUAGCUCCAAAAUCAGGUAUAGUCUAUUUGAUUUAAUAGCAUUAGAUUUAAUAGCUCCUCUGCCUUUUUUAAUUUUUUUGUCAUUGGGUUACAUUAAAGCACAGCAAGAUCAAGUUUUAAACUUCCUUACUCAACAGCUCUAUUAGUUAUAAUGCACCAUGACCUCUCUCAACAUUCUUAAAGAAAAAGAUACAGUGUAAUGUCACUUUACUUUGCUUAUUGUUCUUUGUUGAGGUGAACAAAGCAUUUUCUGCAGUGGUUAUAGCACAUAAUUAUGCAGCUUUCAAUAGUGGUGUCUUGGCACAUAUCAAAGUUCAGAAGAGCCUUUAGAAAAAAAAAGAUGUUUUGUGGCAGCCUAGUGAGGGUCUCAUCUUUCCUUCAGAAAAUAGUUCAAGGCUCUUCUGUCAGGCUUCCCUACUUGGAGCUUUUUCUCCUCCUGCUUCAUAAAGUUUAAAGGGGAUUCAGUGGAGUUCUGUGAUCUGUUUCCUUUGAAAGAUUGUUCCUUUGCACAGAGAGGUCCUUUGACUUCAAGAGUUCACAGAUUCAUGUCUUUAGGUAUCAUAUGUCUGACCUUAUCAGUUACUCUAUUUAAUGUAGGAGAAAAAGUCUCAAACUCUUUUGUGUUUGUCUGUUUUUCUGCCUCUGUGAAGUGAUUUGGUGAAGAAGAGAAAGAAAAGGACCAUCCCUUUUAACACGCCACUGUGAGGCCGUUUCUGACUGUAACCUACCCUGUAGCUUUUCUGGGCUGGGUGGUGGGUGGAAUUGUCCGUAUGUUUUGUGUAUGGAUAAUUUCACAGCGAUAAUAGCAUUAUACAAGGCCAGGCACACAUUAAAACACAUUUUUGUUCUCCCCCCUGCACCCCGCCCCUACAUGAUCUAUUGGCUAUUUUGGUGGCUGCCACAGUGGUCUCCAACAGGCACUACCAUUUAACAAACACGAAGCACGAAGCGCUGGAGUGCUGGGCCAGCAGUAGGCUUUCCCUUGCUUCGACCUACCCCAAAGGCUUUGAUAAUUAAUUGUCCUUCAGAGAUGAGGAAAGUUCAGAGACAGUGUGUGCAGCAAUGUCUAUUGUCUGACCUUCAGUUCUCCUUCCUUCAGCUUCCUUUCUUCACACCACAAAGGGUUAGCAAUGGGAGCAGGGAGCAAGGGCUCCUUCUAACGACUGUGGGAGACGGUUGUUGCGUUCGGUGGGAACUUAGCAUUGCAUUUCUGCUAUCUGCGGAUUAAAUGGGCUCAGAAAGUUCUGACAAGCCUUUUCAGUACUCCCUCCUUUAAUUUCACAUACGCUCUAACAGCGCUAUUCUACAAACCCUUCAGAAACUUUUAAUAGCUCCCCUUACUCUCCCCAACUAUGAAAACACAAAAAAGCUGUAACUAUGUAAAACAUUCAGAUUUUCAAUCCUGCAGCCAUUUGUGAGGGAAUACUUAGCCUUAACUUCUGAGUAAGCCUGCAUAGGAUUGUACUGUUACCAUCUUAUUUUUGCCAACACUUCCUACCAUGUAUGAGAGACAGCAGGGACAGGGUGGGGGGUUCAUUAUCCCCAAAUAAGGAUCACAAUAACCCAGGGGAAAAGUUAUGUUAAGACACUGCUGAUAAAUACUGGGGUAUUUCUAGGAUUUAAAUUUUUGCAUGCAACAAUAAUUGUCAUCAGGAUGUGAGGGAAAAUAUAUAUAUGGGAAACACUAAUAGAAUAUUAUUUAACAUUUUAAUAAUAGCUAUGUAAAGAUAUACUCUGCUUGACUUUUAGUUCACAGAUAUAAUGGUAGUACUAAUUUCUAAAUUUGAGAAUCCUUCACUUUUAUGUACAAGUGCCAUGGCUAAAGAAAGGCAAAUAUUUCUGCCUGAGGUAAAUUGCCUGAGGUAAAUCAUUGUUUUAACAGUGUUACAAAUAUGAAAAAACAAGCAUGGCAUACUUUGCUAGUUCAUUGAAAGCUUGACUCGGACUUUUCUCAGGCAUCCCACCAGAGAGGGCAUGCUAAAUUCAUUUCAAAUUUCUUUUUGGUGAAUCAACGGCUACUCAAAAUUGUAUGGCCGUCCAUGUUGCUGGCGAGUUGGGAGUAUAAGUGCUUAGUUGAUUCUAGGGACCCAACUGGCUAGAAUUGGAGUGGUUCAAUACAACAAAACCAAGCCACACUCCUGGGCAGGCCACACAUGUGACUUGCUUGCCUCUGUACUGCUGUUGUGCCCGAAAGAGGAUGAAGCACGUCGUGGCUCUGGAGCUGCCAUCUCCUUCAUUUAGGAACUAUUUUAUUUGUUUAAUACACGUCUAUACCACCCAAUAACCAGUGCCCUCUGGGUGGAUUCUGACAAUUGUGGAUGAGUCAAUGAAUAUGGCUGAAGUGCCAUGCUGGAUCAGACCCGAGGGCCAUCUAGACAAACACCCCGUACACACAAUGGCAAACCAGCUGCAUCCCUCGAGUGGGCUGAGUGCAAGACUUCCUCCUGCCCAAGCUCCUCAGCAACUGAGGCAGGUCCAUACAACACACUGGGCUAAGACAGCCCAGUGGUACAAACCUAAACAAAUCAACACAUUAAGGUAGCUUUUUUUUUUUUUUAAUAGACAAUGUCCUAAAUAACAUGGUUUCCCUUCAAGCAGUUGGCUGAUAAAACCAUCUAUGGUAAAUACUUGUCAUUUCAGGCUCCAUGAGAAAUGUGUGCCUAAUUAAAAUUGUAAUAGCCUAAUAAUAUCUAUCAAAGAGCAAAGAAGCUAGAGUUUGCUGAGCAGAUUAUUAAUAUUGUUUUACCUUCUGUGAUUAAUUUAGAAUCCUCUGUGGCAUAAUUAUUAGACUGUAGAACAACGGAACAGAAUGAUAUACAUAUUUUGCUGUUUUCCCUGAUGAUAUAGCAAGCAAAGAUUCAGUCAGAAGAUGUAGGGAAAGUAUACAUGACUCUGCUUAUUUAAUCAGUACAAUAUAGAAGUAUAUUAAUAUAAAGCAAUUUGGGUGGGAGAAAUUAAAUGAUCUACUGGACAAGGCUUCCAUUAAACCCAUUUUGUUUUGUUCUGAGUUUUUAAGUGACAUUUUAAAUGGUUUGUUAAAGCUCAUAUGAUCACAGUAUUAGGAAAAUAGCUGUGAAAAGUGCCACUACCCCUGUGCAUUACAGCUGCAGUCCUAUAUUCAUUCACAGAUUUCUAAACAGCUUUUCAGAACUUUACAAGGGUAACCCAUAGACUGUUAUGGGAUUUACUUUUGAGUAGACCUAUCAGUAAACCAGUUUAAUCACCAAGCUACAGGGUUUAUGUAUUGUGAUCAUGAUUAACUUAUUAUGCAAGGCAUUUUGCAACAGGUUUAUUGUUGGGGGCCUUAAAAAAAACUGUGGGUGAAGCAGGCGCAGCUUGCAGAAUGAGGCAAAAGAGAUCAUAAAAAUUUAAAGUUAUUCUGAUGAAUUUUUCAUUAGACACAGUUGAAAAGGGCCACUGGUAAAGCAAAGAGCUUUGCUUGGAGUCUCUUUUGGAAGAUGCUGCCUUGCAGUAGUUAGAUACACGAGCAGGCUGUUUUGGAUUCACAGUUGUGUUGACAGCGAGUGCCCCAACAAACUCUCUAGGAGCCGGGGCCAUCAGCUGUGCCUCAAGCAAGCGUCAGGAAAAACUGUUUGCAUGUUAAUAAAGCUGUUGGGGUUCUAUUUCUUGAUAUCAAACCCUACCCCAGGGAGAACUGUUAUUGAGUUGUAUAAUUAUAACAAUAUUUAGUAAGUGUCCUGUAUAAAUAGUGAAUAUUUCGCCUAUCUUUCCCCAUAAUCCUUACAUCAACAAUACCAGUAUUAUUCCUAUAUUAAGAUGACAGACUUGGGCUGAGAUAGCCUAAGGAUGCCCAAUCUGGGUGCAAGAACCACGAUUUCUGAGUACCUUACAAAGCCAGGUGGGCACUUGGCCUCAUUUCAUGCAGGUGAGGGUAGCCCCACAGCAUGAUGGAAAAAAGAGAGGGAGUGGAAAGAGUCCUCAGGGAAGCCUUGCAGAGUGGGGGAAAGAAAGAAUAGUGGGGGGAGGCAAGAGAAGGAGGCACCACCCACUUUUGGCUGUGGCCCCGCCCACUGCCACCACGCCAUGUUUACUGCCAGCAUGCAGCCUUUGACACAUUAGCUCCAAGGAAAUGCAGCUUUCAGCAGCAGAAGGAAAAAGGGCUGCCCUAAUUUUAGGGUUGCACUGCGAAUGACCCAAUCCUUCAACUGGGAGUUUGACUCACCAUUCAUUUUCUUAACUACUGUGGUACACAAAUUGCUCUUACUCUUUAAAGCACCCUUUUUAUCCAUUGGCAAGUAUAUCCUCUUUAAUCUGAGGGUGAAUAAUGCAAAGUACUCUUAAGUCCCAUUGCCCAGUGCAUGGUUCAUUUUUUCUCUUGGAAAUCUGCACCCCUUAUAAAUCCCGGACAUGGAUCCAUAUUACAUAUAAUUAAGUUACAGUUGCCCAAAGCAUGCUGCAUUGUUGUUGUGUCUAACAUGCAUCCAUCUUUUUUCCCCUGGCCAUUUCUGAAGAAUGACAUUGUGUUUUAUUUGUUAAAAUCCUGCUCCGAAUCAAUACUUUGGCGGUUAUUUCAACAGCAGCAGUAUAUGAGGGAAUCUUAGCUAUGUGGAAGAUUUAGCAAUUAUUGAUCAAUGCUUUGCUCCCUUUCUCUGCUUCCCCCACUCACCACCUCCAACCCUGCCAUUCUUCAAAGAAGAAUUUGGCAAACACUGUAGAGCUCUCCUGACAUUUCCCUAUGCGGGCAGCGAGAAGCAAGGGGAAUUAAGAAAUCGGCAAGAGGACCGAGGCAAAACCCCACAUUUCUCAUGGUGCUGGUUUUCCCAGCUGAAGAUUUCUUUUGCUAGCCCUUCAUGCUAUGCUUCCAACUUCUCUCGAACGGCUUCUCAGUGGCAGCAGUCAUGAGGGUUGGGUAUUUCUUCCCAAGUGUGUACUAGAUGCCUCUAAAGACUCUUAUUUAUUCCCUCCCAUGUCACCUUGUGUACAGUCUGGCCUGUGACACUGAUGGUGAUUAUGUCAUUAUGUUGCUCUGGGGGCUUUGGCACAUCUGCAGCGCUGAUGCACAUCUUCUUUGUUACACUGGCGUACAUCCCAUAUUGCAAAUGCUUCAUUAGCCUUACUGCCUGCCUGCCUUGCCAGACAAGAAUGCCCAAACCCAGGCUUCUCUUCGUUGUGUUCUUUUGUGUACUAUGAUGAGCCUUUAUUCCUCUUCCCAGUUCUUCCCUGUUUUCCUGAACUCCAGAUGUCCAGAGUUCACAAGUUCCCUUAAAAGGAUUGUGGAGAAAAGUAGGGGAGGAGGCAACAUAGAUGUUAACCUCUUCUAACCCACUCUGGAUCUUUUCCCUCACAACACGUACAGUGUUUCCCGUCCCCUUUUUAAGGAAGGAGAGACAUCUUCAUUUUGAAGUAACAUGAGUGCAAUGUACAAAAAUGUAUGUGGCCGCAAUGGCCUCAGUGUGUGGAAUGUGGCCCUUCUUCGCUUCAUCAAGUAGUUUGUACAGUCUCCUAAGAAACUGAGUUUUCAACAGAAAAAAUAGAGGAAUUUCUAGCUCUUGAGGAUGUGGCAGGAAUCUCAGUAUGGAUACUUUCUCUGAAGUGCUUUGCAAGUGGCUGAUUAGGUCUUGAACAGGCAAUGAGCAGUCCUUUCCUCUUGGCAGGCUUCAAUUUUCUGGUGUCCCCAUUUAUCUGGAACUGUAGAAAUAAGAUAUGAAGGACAGCAAACAUCAGUGAUAUGUGAGGUGUGACACAACUUUGUUUCAUGUAUUUGUGCUUGCACUGGGAGAGAAAUUGGUUCAGUGCAUGUUUUAAUGAAAACUUUCCUAAUUGUACACUUUUGAAGCAGCUCAACACAAACUGAAAUUGUUAUCCUUCAAAACAAUUUGCAUUCUCUGAACUUUGCAAGAGUUGUCCAGUCAAAACAAUGAUGAAAAUCCAUAUUGCAAAGAACUUGCAAAUGUUUAUAUUACCGAAAAUCAUAAAAAUCAUACUUCCAUGCCAAGAUAAAUGUUCAAAGUUCAAGAUGAACCAUAUUUAAAAAUUAGGAAAAUGCAAAACUGAGAGAAACCAGAACAGACAGAUUCAUUCAACCCUGGUUCACAUCUAUGAUGUGUCAAUCAUAGACACAUCUAUGUCAAAAGAUGGUCUGAAACUUGAGGCUUAAAAGGUGCUUAAAGUAAUCGUACUUACUAGGCAUAGACCACUGCUGCACCCAAGGCCUUGCUGACUCUCAAUGGCUAUUGCAAGAUGUAGAAUGGUGGAGGGUUUUGUGCUGGUAUUCAGAUUUUUAAAACCUUUCCUCCUUUUGAGACAAAUAUGAGAGACUAACAUAUCGGAGCUCCAGGGUUGGUGAAGUUUAUAGCUUUGUUUUGUGAUAUGCCUGCAGUGGAAGGACAUUCGAUCCUGCAGAUUUAAGGCCUCCUUGCUUCACCAUAGCAUGCCCCUUACCUCUCUCACACUGUCUUCAGAGCACUGGCUUUGGCUCGCAGUGGCACAGGAUUCCACCACUACAACAAGAAGCCUCCACUAGUGGGACUCCUCUACCUGUGGACCAGGGACCAGCAGGCAGCAUCCUAAAGACCGAAAAGUUCAGUGCUUUGGAUAUGUAUGCGACCCAGUUCCUUUUGCAAUUCAGCUAAUUUUCUACUAGAGUCUUAAAUGAGAUUCAGGGGAAGAACCAGAGAAUGGACCCAUCCACUGAUGUUGCUUGCCACUUUGUGGAUCACCUCUCUGGCUUUAAUCUGCACCCCAACUCUACAUAUAUUAUCUCCUGAUCACUCCCCCCUCCUCUUAGUAAUGGGGAAGUUCCAAUUCUGGGGUAGAAAUGAAAUGUGUGCAAAUACAUAUGACAGUGAAUGCACACAUAUUUAAAUUACUGCAUAUUAUAAGUGGUGUUAUUAUUUUUACUACAAAAUUCUUUCCACUUCCACCUUGAUGCUCAAAGAACCAUUUCUCCUGGAUUUAAGUACUAUCUUUUGCAGAUGUAUCCUCUGUUUAUAUAGUGUUAUAUAUACUAUAUAAAAUGCACUGUAUGCAUAUACAUACACAGAGAGAGAAUCAUACACUGCUGAGAACAUUUUAUACAGCACUGCUUAAUUGUGAGCAGGAAAAAUGCCAUUCAUGCAGUUGCUGAUUUGUAAAGCUACAAUGUGCUUCUACUUCAUUUAAGAUUUUAUAUAGUUGCAGUGCUUUACAGUGUAUGAAAAUUCUAUUCUCAUCCUUUUUCUAUGGAAGGUCUGGGGAACACGUUCUUCCAAAUUCCCAGUUGUGCAGCUUCAGAGUGCAGCCUGAUGCCAUUUCCCCCCAUUAGAUAGGCUUAGUGACACUAUGUUUCUGUCACCACACUUCAGUCGCUUGCACAUAUGAGCCAAAAAGUAUUCUGGUGGUCAAUUGAUUGGCAAUAAAGUGGUGAACUUCCUAGUAUACUAUGGUUUUUUGGCUGAACUGCUGAAUUGCAAGCAUCCAGACCACAGUUACUGUAAUACGACGCAUCCGUAGGUUGGAUUUGUAUGUAGAGUGAAUCAACUGCAUUGAUGGACUGGAACCCCUCUCCCCCUUCCUACCCAUGGCAUCCCCUGCAUCUCCCUGAAGAUACUACACAAAGGAUGGGUGGGCUGGUUUGCUUGGAUUUAAGGCAGUUUAUUACCUUAGAACAGGGGCCCGCUCUAUCAAACAAUGUUGACUUCUUAGAAAAUGACUGUAAGUUAUAUUUUAGUUUUGUUGUUACUGUCAGUAUCAUUUAUUUCUGGCAAGUACUGAGUUUUCCAGUCCUGGGCAUGUUAAGCUGUUUGGUGUGCCUAACAAUUAGAUUAAUGGUGCUAUGCCAUGCAUGUUUAUUCAGAUGCAAGUUCUAUUGCGUUCACUGGAUUUACACCCAUGUAAGUGUGCACAAGAUUGCAGCCUAUGCCAUGCUUACUUGGGAGUAAAUGUCAUCGGUUUAAGUGGAACCUAUUUCUGAGUAAACAUACUUAGGUGUAUGCUGUAAAUAACUUUAAAAAAGAAGUUUAUUCUAAAUAAAUUCAUUGGGCUGAUACACGAAUAAAUCUUGCACUUAAUCCUUAAUCUUGCAUGUAACCCUCCAAUUCCUGCAAACUCAUUUAACCUACAGGAAAUCUAUGAACUCAAUAUUAGAAUGGCUUUUUUAGGUGGAGUACAUUGGUACACUGAUUUGAAAUCAUAAGUUUUCAUGAGAUCAGGAAAUUUAGUUCUAUUGCAGAUAUUUCAUUAAGGUUCCCAUUAUUUGCAGUGACCAGUGCCAGGUGAAGCUUGAAAGAUAGUUUGAUCCAGCAGGCUACUUUGGACUUUGUCCUGGACUUAAAUUCAGUGGCCAGAGAUUCACUGGAUACUCUUGUGCAAAUAAUUAUUUCCUUUUUAUGAAAAGUAGAUACAACAAACUCCAGGUGUUUGCUCACCAUUGCAAGCAACCCAGCAUGAUAUCAAGAUGUAACAGUUUUGAAAAAAAAUGUAUUCCCCAGUAAUUUAUUCUAUUUAAGUGUAGCUACUAUGGAUGUAUUACUGUGAUACUGAAGAAUUGUUCACUUUAAAAAUAAAAUCAAAUUAUAUGCGUUCAUCCAUGAGGUAUAGCCUGAGCAAAGCUGAGAAGAUACCAAGGCCAAGAUUCUCCUUGUUCUGUUGGUUUAGUAUAGCACUUACUAGUCAUUUGUGGAAAUGUGCCUUUUUUGUAAUAGUGAUAAUUUAAAUAAGAACCAGAACAUCCUGUGUGGGUGGAAUAAUAUAGGGAUGAGCGAGAAAAACAUUGUAGGAUUUUGUUUACAUUAGUAUUUGUGUCAUUGCAGUCUUAAAAGCACCUUGACAAAACCAGGAUAAUGCUUUUUUAAUAAUCUGUGGGAGUGUGAAAAUUAGUCUAGUAGGUUGGUCAAGAGAAUGUGACAUGACCCAUUAGCUCCCAGUUCAGUUCUCAGCUGUGCUAUAAACUGGGUAGCCUUUUGCAGGCACUAUCCUUCAGAAGCUCCGCACCCUGUCUGUAUAAUGCAAGAUGGUAAAAGUGGUGUGUAUUGAAGCUAUCAGUAUUCCCAAACACAUGUAUGCACGCAUGCGCGCGCGCACACACACACACACACACUCUUCUUGAUCAGACGAAUGGCCCAUCUAUCCAAUAUUCUGUUUCCCCUGUAGGCAAAUGCUUCUAGAAAGACCACAAGCAAUACAAGAGGGAAACAGAGCACUUGCACUGUUCUUCCUCAGUGAGUAGUAAGCAGAAGAAUGGCGUGUGUGUUUCCUCCAUUAAAAAAAAAUCUUUGCACAUAGCUUCCUCCUAGCAUGCUAGUUUUCUAAGUUGCAAGUCUUAUUUAUUAUUUACUUAUUUAUUUGUUAGAUUUUUAUCCUUCCCCUUUACACAAAAUGGUUUUCUGGGUGGGUUACAAGAUGCAAGAUAUAAUAACAACACAUAUAUAAUAAAAUAUGUAAUAUUAAAUUAACAAAUGUAACAACAGUAAAAUCAUAACACCUGCAAUAAAACCUCACAAUAACCUCCAAUAUCCUCACUUCUGAAACCGAUAAGAGUACAAUAAACAUGCAAUAGCACUAAGAUGUAGCAAAUACCAUAAAUACCGUAAAUUCUUUCUCUUAAAAUAUCAGGUAAAUAAAAAGGUCUACACCUGGUGCUAAAAGGAAUAGAGAGGAGGCUCCAGGCAAACCUCUUGGAGGAUCUGAUUCCAACCUUAUGUCUUCUGCCUAACAUCUAUUGUUCUAUGUAAGGGAAUCCUUGGUACAAAAGCACACAAUUAUGUGAAUCUUUUAUCUUCUGCAUUCUGAAGUGAUACAGCCUAGAAACAUUACUGAAAAUAAGGUUCUUGCUCAGGGCCAGUUCAGAGAUCAAUAGAAGGCCUGAUGGGUGUGUUGUCUCUCUGUGCAAGUUCCUUGCGCCUGGUACUCAUGGAUCAAGAAACGGGUAGGCCGUCUCAGGCAGUUGUUUUCAAUAACCCUUACAUCUAAAAAAAGAAGCUUCUAUGGUGAAACUGCUUAUACAAUCCUCUUAAUGUUGAUUUUAAUUGCUUUAAUUAUCUGAAAACAAAAUUAUUUAUUUAUUUUUAACUACAAGUUAAAGAUUAUCCACUAAGUAUUAAGUAUUGCCUCUUGAGUUCUUGUCCCAUUGCUGUUAAAGCACACCUGUUCCUAUAAUGGACCAGCCAUGCUUUAGCUUUUCACUCAGGAAUCUUCACGCUGCAGGUGAUUUAAUGGAAGAUUGGUGAGAGACUGAGCUGAAUGGUCAGGGUCAUUUUCUGCCUCUCCAGCUCAUAUUGUACAGUCAAAAACUACUGCAAGGGAGGAAGUACCACAUCUCUGUCCAUCUAUUGUACUUGUGAUUUAAUAGCCAACUAUAAUAUGCCUUAUUGCCAUGUGGGGCAUGUAAGGAAUCUUACAGCAGAGAAAUGCUUAUUAAAGUUCAUAAAUAUAAUCUACAGUAAUUAUAUAAUGCUCUGUAAUGCUCUGUAUCCAUUUUCACUGUGCUAUUUAUUGCUUUAUCUUUUCUGAUAGUAUCAGGCAUCUAACUAUUUCACUCCAGAACUUUUUUUGCUCCAAGAGCCAGGCUGGUUUUUGCUUUAAGAGAGGAGACUGGUCUUGUGACAACAGAAUAAUCUAAGGAAGAAACUGCCCAAGCUUUGCCUCCUACUGCUGCCCUGCCUUCUGAUCUGCCCCAGCCCAUUGUGGGGGACCCAAGACCUGGAAAGAGCCUCCCACCAUGAGUAGAGCAACCCAUGCUUUUCCUGCACAUGGAAAUGCCAGGCAAAGGUCACCAUUGACCAGUAUGGCUAUUGACAUAGCCAGCAAAGGGCUCCCCUCUCGAUCACUUUCAGCCAUGGCGCUGCUACGUGGAUAGGAGAAAAGUUCCAGUGAGGCAGGCAUGGGGAAUGAGAAAAGAAGGGUUAGAAGAAGACAAGGAACAGCACAGCAAGACUUCCUGAGCAAAACACUGAGAAGCCAUUGGAAAAUGACGGGGUAUAGUUUAGUAUUCAUCCAGCUGGUACUGUAUAUUUUCAGCUGAGUUGAUCUUUAUAUCCAUGCCCCAUAUUGCAAAUGGCUGAGAAAUAACAGUUUGCCUAAGGCCAUCCAGCAAGUUAGUAGCUGAGUUGAGACUUUUAACUAGAGACCUCCAAGUUGUGUUGUGCACUAGGAGCUACUAUGCAGGCGGGCUGCUGACUCUUGUGUCUGUGGACCACCUCAUCCAUGACACUGAACUCUACCAAUCAUGGAGCAGUACAGUUAGCCUGUAUAAGGAGCCUUCCUUGUUCUGGUCUAUGCCUUUAAUAAAUUGAUUGAUUUAUCAGGAACCCUGGACAUAGGAGUCACCUGCCUUUACUACUACUUAGUACCAUUUCUGGGAUACAAAUGGCUUUUCCUGUGGCUUUUUUCACAUAUUAGUCCUUUACAGAUUACAUAUAAAGAUAUACCACCCAGAACAGAAUUUCCUUUUUAUUCUCUUAGUGUUGUUAUGUCUAGGCAUAGCUCUUCCCACAAGCUUGCAAACUUGCUUUCUACUUUGGAAGCCAUUUGCUAACUACAUCUUUAAACCAAGCUUCUUAUCCAUCUUACUUACCAUGCCCUUUACAAUCUUGAUUAGAUGUAAGGUCCUGAGGCAGCAAACAUGUAACUUCCCAUAGAAUAUACAAAGUUUAGCACCCAGUGAAUUGUUGAAUAGCCCUAGCAAGCCCCCGAGCAAUUUUAUGUCAUCUGGAUUUUAUAAACAUAAGCAGGAUGAAGAUUACAUGGUAGGGAGCCAACUAGGUUUCCUUUGGAUUUUGUAGACCUGCUGUGAUGACUUAGUAGUAAUUGGUUCGAGGUGUGGCCCCUUUCUUUCUGUGUCUCGAGGACUGAAUUACAGGGUGACCAGCCAGAUGGGCAAGAGCUCUGUGAACAUCUGUAUGCCAAAUGACCUGACUCUUCAAGGACUUCCUUAGGUAGGAUUCACCCACAGAUCUUGUUUAUACCUUUUAAAAGCUCAAGCAUACCUUUUAUCCAAACGAGAAGGCAGGAAUUACAGCCUUCUCCCCUGUCUGUGGUAGUAAAAACUCCACUUUGCCUAUCACAAGUAGAAAAGUAGGACUUGAUGUAGGGCAGCUUUUUCAUGUCUUGGACUACAGCUUCCAUCGCCCCAUCCAGCACUGCUGUUGGCUAUGUUGGCUGAGGAUGAAGGGAAUUUAAUGCAGCACAACUGGAAGGCACUAGUUUGGGGAAGGCUGGCACAGGGACUAGUGAAGGUGCAGGGCAGAAAGCUCAGCUAAUAAUUAACAAAAUCCUGUAUCUUCUGGCUGCUCUCAGGCAUAGUUCUUUGUGUUAUACAUUUGUGUUCUUUGUUUCAGCUGAAUGGUCUGCAGAAAGGGUCACAAUAAAAUCAACACAAUAACAUCAAAUUGCAAUUCAAAACAAAACAGUCACUGGAAAGUAGCAGAUAAAACAGUGAAAAGCUUAUUUUGAUUAAAAAAUAUUUGAGAAGUAAUUCUUAGGGACUGAAGCAAAGAUAUGGCUAAGAACAGCUGUAGUUCUAAGAAGAUCAGAGCUCUUUAACUAAUUGAACAUUCUGUCUCAAUAUUGGCCAGCCAGAGUUCAGAGGUAGCUGGAUAUGGCCUUUGGCUGAUGUUUGGAGUUUGAGAUAUACUACUUCUGAAUAUGGAGGCUUUAUUUUUAGCUAUCAUAUGUAAUAGUCACGGAUAGACCUAAGUAUUUGUAUAGUGUGGAAAGUUAACUCAGAUAGGUACCCUUUCUAAGAUUUUAACUGUCUAUUAAAUCUGUUGGGCUAUUUCAAAUGACUCCUGAUGUGGAUGUGGUAACAUUUAUAAAAUGCUGAUUAGAAUGCUCAGCACCAAAGUAUGACUAUAACCAUGGAUUCUGUACUGUAGUAUAAUAUUCGCAAGCCAGGAGAAGUUCCUAUACUUUCUUGAAUGCAAAAGAGGGAAUGUUGCAAAGGAAUCUGAAAUGUGCAGCAUGUGAAAUCUCAGUUUUUAAACUUGAGGCUUGUUGUCACCCACCCCUAGAAUCCAGAAAUCUAACAAAGUAACAGUUUGUGUAAUCUUCCAAGACAACAGGAGUAAUUUAAAAUUGAAGAAUUUAAAAAGAUUGAAAAAUAUAUUCCUGAGAACAGUCUUUCCACAAUUACAGCACAGUCCCCUGAAUUUUUACUCAGAUGUAAGUCCUUCUGGAGUUCAUUCGCAUUUACGUCUUUGUAAAGGGUUUAUUGGGCUACAGCCGUAAUGAUGUGGACUUAUUUUCUAUGGAAUAAAGGCAUACCUGAGUGAAAGAAACGCUAUGUCAUGUGGAUAUAGCAAACCUUCACCCGGUGCAGAUGCCUGGUCCAAGGUUUCCCCAAAACCCCAUCCUUGUAUUUUGUUUUGAAAUGGCUCUUCCCUGUACAUGCAAAGACCAACUGAAAUGGGUCAGAAAGGCAAACUGGUGUCCUUCAGGAUGGCUAAUGGACAGGAAUUGUGAGCACUGCAGUUGAAGCCACCUGGGCAUCAGUUUGCCGGUACCUGCUCCAGUUUGCCUAUAGCUGCCAAUAUCAGCUUCCUCCAAAAGCAUCUGAACUUGUGCUAGCUGCCCCCUCCCCCGCUCCCAGCAAGGCUCUGAUGAAAAUGAGCAUAUUAGCAAGACAAGCUUUGUUGGAAAGACUCAAAGAUGCAACAGAGCUGGAGAUUUAUGGCCACUUCAUUGCCAAUAUUAUCACACAGUCAGAGCAGUGAUGUGCUCCCAAUUCUUUUCUGUCAUAUUCCAUGUGAAAUUGGUGCCUUCAGGGCUCAAGUCAUUGUCAUGCCUGUUUCAUACCUUACAGGACAAUACCGUGUUUCAUCUCAUCACAAGACAGUGAGACAGUAUAGGACACCAUAUGACAAUAGCCUGUUUCAUCUAGUGCUCACCAGGUGAAGCAGAACUUCCAUGGAUUGUAUUAAUCCUGUGGGGAUGGCAUCUUAACUGCUCUGCAACCUCUAAAGGGGGGAAUUAGCCAGUACCAAUCUAAACUUCACCAAGAACUUGUUUGACCAUGAGAAUGGGGCCACAGAACCCUUCUCCCAAUUCCAAGUCUUUAGUUUUAUACCAACUAGAAAAGACCAGGUCAGGAGUAGCCUUUGCCAAAUGUAUUGCACCCUACAGUGGACCUGUUUUCAUGUCACAGCUGCUCUCUGUGGCUUAAUUUACCUGCAGAGCCUGCCAUGCCGUACUCUGCUUGAAUGUACCAUUUUUGUAUGACACUUGCAGGUUAAUUGGUUAGCUAUGAGAUAUACCAAGAGACUCCCUAAUCUGUCUCUCUGGCCCAGUCUAAGUACAAAAACUCAAGUCUGGUCCCUGGUGAAGGAUAUGGAUUCCUUAUAUUGGACAGCAAGUUGCCUGGCACCUCCAUGAAGGGUUGAUGCUGUACUAUAUGCCCAAGUAGACAAAGCUGGAACUUGUCGCCUGCACCAAGCUUGCCCAUUAAAGUUUAUGUGACAUGUGCAAGGCCAGCUACUUCGUCCAUCAUGAAAUCCUGAAUAAGAGCUAUUUUGUUAUGGCAUUCACAAGGAGCACCCCUGAAGUGGGCUAGCUCUUGGAUUUCUUUCUGCUCUUCCUCUUAAUGGGCAAUUCCAGCCCCACUGUGUCAUAGCUUGCUCUGGCUAUGAUUGCAGUAAUAUGGGUAUCCCUUUGAAUGCCACCUUCCUGGGGCACAUCAUUAUGAUUUGGCUCUUGCACUUUGUCCUGUAGAAGUUAUCAGCCACUUGCCCUAAUGUACCAUUCCAUGCGUUACGAGGAAUUCCUAUUGCAGCAUCCAAGGAGAAGACUGCCAGUAUCCCUCCCCCCUAUCCCCGCCACUUCCCAAAUCUGUUUACCUCCCAUUGACAUGACCUUGCAACGUUUAGCUUUGCAACGUGAGCAGCUUUCACCAACCAAAGACCUCUGAUCUCAAAUCCACAAGAGAUCUGAGCUUUUCUGUUUGGCAAGACAACAUGUUGCCCACCAGGUCGGCAUGAAUAAAGAUGGCCUGUGUCCGUAAACUCUUUCCUAUUAAAAAAAUAAAAUAAAAGAUACUCCCUUGUUAAUAUUAUAACAUCUCAAGGCAUGGGUACAGCUUGAGCUCUUGACUUUGCUUAUUGCUAGAUUUAAUUUCAUGGGAAGUGUGGGAAGCCCCCCAGUCUAACAAUUCUACUUUUAUAUAAAAUUGCUCAGUAAACCAGUCCUGAUCUAGUCUUAUCAUAUUUAAAGUAUGUUUGUCCAGCUUUGUAGUAGGAACAAGCAGACUGUUUGAAGGCCACAUAGCUUUCAAACCUUGGUUGCGACACGUUAGCCCCAUUUUGAAACCAUCUUUAUCUGGCCGAGAAAACUAAAAUCUGUUUGACCAACUAACUCUCUGGCCAGUUUAUCUUGUAAUAUACCUUUAGCUCACAGAGCUUAUUGAUUUCUUCAAAUUAAUGUUUACAGAAUGCUACUGAAUUUUACUCAAUGGGACAUUGUUCUUUUGAAGCUUGGUAAAAUAUGAGACAGAAUGUUAUUGCUCUUAGUUCUUUUGCUGAUGAAACGUUCAGGGUUUUGUGUUUCUUUCUUGCUUUCCUUUUUUUUUUUUUUUUUUUUUUUUU